UCAACCAUCAUACGGCUACAGACACUGCCAGCCAUGUCCUGCCUCUAAAACAAAAAAAAUACUGUUUUUUUAGCAUUUUAACGCACCCCACCGCUACAUGCUUGCUCUGUCUUUCUAAAUUUGAUAUUUUUGGAGGUUGGACGUUUUUUUUUUUCAUAAAAAGAAGAAGAAGAGAAGAUGUGUUCACGCGCGCUGAAGAUGAGCUGUGGCGUUCAGCUGUCAGUGAGCGCGGCGCUGCUCGUGCUGCUGCUCUCGCUCUCCGGAUGUUCAUGCAUGGAUGUGUUGAUGCCCAAUACACUAAAUGCUCUCAAUGGAACAACUGUCAAAAUCCCCUGCACAUUUACAUCCUGCUACAAGAUGGACGCUACCAAGUUUGCCAUGAACUGGACCUACCAAGAAUCACUUAAUGAUACAGAAGACAUGUUUAUGACAUACUUUAGGAAAAAAGGAAUGGUUCUGCGCUCAGACCGCUUUGGAGAUCGGGUCUCGUUUGUUGGAAUCCUGGAGAAGAACGACCUGUCAAUCACCCUUUCAGAUGUUCAGAAAGAGGAUGAGGGGUUUUACAAAUGCUAUGUGCGAAACCCUCCAGACCGCAUCCAAGGACUUGGUGUCAUAGAGCUCAAGGUUGUCACGGAACUUCCUCCUCCAAGAGAUUCAACCAUUGCGGUUGCAAUAGGGGCUUCAGUGGGUGGAGCAUUAGCUCUCCUGAUCCUUUCCAUGGUGGUAGUGAAAUGCCUCCGUCGUCACCAGAAACAAGAACUGAUUUCAGAGGAGAAGAUGGAAGAAGAAGGAAAGCUGGAGGCUGAAGGUGUUGCAGAGGAGGGAACCAAACAACCAUAGCUGGGUCAUCUGAAUCAGCAGCCUGUGGAGUGCUCAUUCGUAGCACCUCACCAGACAUGUGCACCCCCCUUCCUGAAGAUCUGUAGUAACCACAGCUUGAAUCAUCAUGCACUGAUGCGUCCAUUCAUUCUGCAUGUGUGUGUGUGUGUGUGUGUGUGUGUGUGUGUGAGUAAGUGUGUACUGAAUGUUUCUAUGUGUGUGAGGGUAUUUCUAUAUGUCUGUGUGAGGUGGGUCUUUCUGCUUGAAAUACGCCAGGAAAACGUUUUCUGCAACAGAAUCUUCAAACACAUUAUUUCAUUCAUAGCUGCAAGUCAAUUUAAAACAAUUAGAAUCCCUUCUUAUUAUGAGAAUGCCACGAUCGUAGCAAAUUGCACAACAAACUAGGGCUGGGUAGUGUGACCUAAAAUGAAUACCAGUGUAUAGUUUGAGUAUGGUAAAAAAAAACAUAUUGCAGUAUCUAAUUCUCAGCGGAAGUUUGAUAUAUCAUUAAUUAAUUGUUUGUAAAGUUUACCAUGGUUUAAGAGGCAGAGAUUCAUACUUAAGUUUGUUUAAAGCUAAAAUAUUUUAACAUUUCAGGAGAGGAUGUGUUGGUAUCAGUUUUAUAAUGGUUUAUUGUGCCGAUGCAUCCACUUUCCAGCUAUUACUGCAAUCAAACUUUGGGAUUUUGUUUAAAUGGCUUUGGUCAGUAUGUCAUAGAUUUGUGGUGGUAGACAACAAGAAACGGAGUUCCCAAUUACAACCAAACCUGUCAAGUAACUGAUAUCCUUUUAAAAAUGUCAUUUCUGCUUUCAGGGUCUUCAAAAAAAAGGCUAAAUAUCUGUAAAAAAAAUAUCACAUAGCUUUCUGCCAGGAUCUGUCUACAUGAGUGUUAGAAGCAUAAAGGAAACAGUGUGUCCAGCGUGUUGGUUAACAGCGUUUGGCUAGCAAAAAAGGGUCAGCUACAAACAGUCAAUUGAAAACAAUAUGGCGUCACGUUAAUGAUAACAUGACGGAAAGGCAAGUGUGUAUAUGGAGCUCCCACUCUCUCUACAAAUGUUGCUUCUACAAAGCUGUAACACCAUUAAAUUCACUGGGACACCAAUAUGACGCUGUUGUGGAGUCAAUAUGAAUGUACAAAGACGCGCUGAUGGCGGAGAUUCUUCCUGAGCUACGGCGCUGCUGCGGAAAAUCUCACUCUGAAAAUGUUUAAUGAUUAUCCAGCAGUCUAAUUGUCAAAGUGUGUUUAAACCUAAUUGAAUGGCAACAGUUUCACUACAUCACCACUAAAAUGUAUUUACCGUUAAUCACUAUGAUGAAGGUCAGGCAACUUCAGACUUUCACAUUCAGUCUUUUAAUAAUUACGGUUGAUUGCAUCAUGAGGCCUACUGGAAGAUGUAGUUGACUCUUUCAAAGCUUGUCCAUUUAGUGGUAGUGAUAACAACAGAUUAAACCAAAUGUUUAUUGUUUUUACAUUGUGGGUUUAUGUAACAACUCUGCCUUAAAUCCAUGUCUCUCAGCUGCCUGUUUGGGCACCAUGUCUUAAUAUACAUUCAUGCACUUGUUAGCGCCUGUGUAAUCCCCCUUCCAAUACUGGAAAAGUAAUAGUCUGUGACUGAGCCAUUUAUGUCUAUCUGUCUCAGUGUUGUCUACUCGUGGCCGACUUUCUCAAACAUUCCUUUUUUUAAGACUUGUCAUGGUGGGAAAAGCACUGAUUUAGAUCAUUAUAUAAACAUUGUCUUUUUAUUCACAGAGCCAUGACAGCAGCCCCAUGCACUACAUAGUUCACUAUAGUAAUCCUCCAAAACGUUAUUUUUUAUAAUAUUCAAGAUUAAAAGUGGGUAAAAUGUGAGUAAACUAUAGAACACAAAGCUGUAUUAUAGAUGGCAUGGCUCGUACCCUCUUUUCUACAAACAAUCAAGUGAAAUUGAGUAUAGCUUAGGAAGAAAUGAAAAUGCAGCCCCAUGACAUUAGCUCUGUGGUUUACCACAUUAUUAAUAACUGUACAAUAAACUCUACCGCUUUUUAUAUUUGGACUGGUAAAUGAAUGAAAGAGGAGAUUCCACACACGGUCGCUGAGACAGUAUUCCAUUAUGCAUAUUGUCAGGGUUCUGAAAUGUUAGCAGCUAAUUGUAGUUAUUGUUAAAUUUACCAUUUAAAUCAGUGUUUUUUUACCAUUUCCAUGUCAACAUGUAAAGCUGCCUUUGUCUGAUCUGCAUUCACUACUUCAUCAAUUGUUCUUCUUAACGCAAAUGUUUUUUGUGUGGGUGGGUGUGUGUGUGUGUGUGUGUGUGUGUGUGUGUGUGUGUGUGUGUGUGUGUGUGUGUGUGUGUUAAAGAAAAGUGCAAGCCCGCAUUUCUUCUGGUCAGUGAAGUGAGGUUGCCUAAAUUUUACAAGUGCUCUGGUCAAAAAAAAAAGCAGGGAAUUGUAGUUUAAUGUUUUUCUAACCACCUAGUCUAACUUGCAGCUCAGAUUAUAUAUUUACUUAUAAAAACAGCACUGCCAAAUCUGAAAAUUUCUGCACUUUGCCACUUACUGGUCAUACCAGCCAUCCAUAUGGCUGAAACCUCUGCAUUCUCCUUGCUAAAUGCUUUAGGUUAUCAGAGAGGAGUGACAUCUUUUCCUGCCUAAAUACAGGCCUCUGUUAUGUGUAGGAUUAAAACAACUGUCAGUCUUUGACCAUUCAAUAUCUGUGCACAAUUAUACUAUAUUGUGCAAGGAAAUCAGUCAGCGAUUCUAGUUACUUUCCCCCUCCCUCACAUUAGGCUACAUAAAACAUCUAUCACUUGAUUAGGAGUAUGUGUUAAGAGAUGAAGUCAAGUCAAUUAUGGUUGACUACAAGACAAAAUGUUGUCAAUCACAUGUCAGUGAUAUUUUAAAGUAACAAACACUUUGCAUCCACAAUCACAUAACCCAGGCUUGUGCCAACCUUUGAUUUUAAACUUUAUAUUAAUUGUAGGAAUUAAACAAAGGUGCCCAAAAAUAUGACGACUCCCAGACAGUCAGGUAUAGAAGUUGAUUUAAAUAAUAAAAGUUAUAUUCAUGACGGACAGAAGGGGAAUUUAUUUUAGUUUGUCUCUAACCAUGAGAUGUCAUCAUAAUGACUUUGUCAAAAGAAGCAUGUUCAAUGUAUUAUAGUGCCAUGAAUGCAUGUGAAACAAUGCAUUAGUAUAUCAAAAAUGAGAUAUGUGUCUGUUUUACCAUAAAACAACAGCAACAUGGGUCAGUCAGUCAAAGCAUGUCUGGUUUUGCUUUUGGUGUGUCAGGGUCUCCCUCAAUUAAGUCACCAGGUUGCACCAUUUUCUCAAGAUUAUAGUAAGUAGAUGUUAUUCUAAAACAUGCUUAGAAAUAUGGCUGACAUCUUAAAUUUAAAGACUGCAAGGGGUAUGUGGUUGCACUUUGAAGAGUUUUAUCUGCCACCUGCAAAAUACUGAGAAAUAAUAAGUCAAUAUUUCAUAUCAUGGAAAAGGAUCUCCAGCACAGACUUUGUUAGGGCCGUCUUUUUUACUGGAUCUCUAACUUGAACUGUGUUUUGGAGAGAUUUAAAUACAACUUUGACGUAAUGCACCUGAAACAGAUUCAUAUAUAUAUAUAUAUAUAUAUAUAUAUAUAUAUUAUACAAAAAGAUUAAAAAGUUCACCAUAUUGAACUGAAUGGAACUGUGGAAAAACAUAAAGCUCACAUUGUUAUGAUGGUAUAUUGGAAUGUUGAGUCGUUGUAAUCGAAACAUGGCAUGGUGGGUAAAAUAAUAUAAUGGGAAAAUGUGUCCGUGGUGCAUUUUUAUGAAACACUUGUUUAGAUCACCCUAAAUGUAUAAAAUAAAAAUAAAAAACGAUUGGAUAUUUGAUCACUGUUGAAAUAUCAUUUCACAUGGUUCAGCAUGUGAGUGUUGGUAACCACUGAAUGUCUAGUUUUUACCCAUGUUGAUAACAGUCCAGCUGUGUCACAAACUCAUAUCCAUGUCUUACUUGUAAUGUGUCAAGCGCUUAAUGCUUCCAAAUAUGGUAACUUGGCCAAUCCUGGUUUUUGAAUUCUUUUUCUCUAUCAUUGUAAAUGUAUUUAACUACCAAAAGCACAUCAGUGACAUCACAGUAGUAUUCUUUAGACAGAUAGUGCUUACUCUGGGAUUAUAAGAAAGCUUGAAGUUAAAGGCAGGGUUGAUAGGUUUUGAAAGUAGCAUUCCCUCAGUGCUCCGUCUGCACCCACCCCCUCCCCUCUGUGCUCCCUCAAAAGCCAUGGCCCUCACUUACAUGCACAAGCGCCAUUGGUACAUACGCGGAGCUCAGUUCAUGCCUCAAGUGUGGGCUCGUGCAUGCAUGGGGUAGAAAACGAGCAGGGAGACAGGGAGGCACGAUUGGUUCAUAAAAAUGGCACCUCGUGGCAGACAUUGGUCAAAGUUUUUACAGGCUUACAACUGUUACAGAUGACGGAUUUUCUUCAUUCCUGUUUCAGAGCUCAUGAGUUAUUAAUUCCUUUCAGGACCUGAAGACAAUUUGAACCAAAAUCUCACCUAAGUGUAUCAGGAGAAAUGAUCAACCCUACCUUUAAUUAUACUGGAGAGCAGCAAUUAACAGGGUCUUAAGGUGAAUUAAUUAGUUGGCAAAACUUUAAAAAGUUAUUUGGUCGAGAUAGCCAAUGCAUCACAGGUUCUGGUUCUAUUAGUGAACAUGCAUGUUUCAUUUGCAGGGUUUGAGGUGCUUGACCCAUAACAUGAUGUUAUAAAGACAAAAUGUACAUUCAUUUUUUUUUAAAAGGGGGUUUGGUUUGCCAUAUAAAACUACAUACAUAAAGAUAUUUAAUUUAAUUGAGUGUAUUUCUUAAUGAGAAACAACAAACACAAAAACAUUGAAGUUGAAUCUAGCGUCGGAGUUGCGCUUGUGCAUCAUUCACCUCUGGAUAUGAGUUUGCCCUGAAUUUGCUCUUUUUUCACAUUAAAUGUUAGCAAACACCAAACGUAUGCUUGCACUGUGCUGCCUUUGAACAGGCAGCUGUCAUGACAUGAUGUAUUUUGAAUAAAGAUGAUUUAGGAACAUG